AUGGGGGAAGCAGCUCUCCUGGUGUUGACGCUGGAAAUACCUCUGAAGGAUCUAGAUAACUGGAAAUUAAAGACUGAAGAUAUUCAGAUGGAGCUGCUGCUUCUUCUGGAGUGUUUCACACCAAUGAACAAGCUUUUUCAGAAGAACUUGAAUUUAGCUGGUAGUAAAGAUUACCUGAGGAAGGCUGUGUUGUGGUUUUGUUUGUUUAACAAGAAUCCCUCCAACAAGGUCAUCCUGAGUCAACUGUGCUUACGUCUGAACUCUUCCUGUGAUUUCAGAUUCCAGUGGGGCGACUACCACAUCGAUGUCUGCAUCAAUGACUACCUGGAUGUGUUCUGCCCUCACUAUGAAGACUCAGUGCCAGAAGAUAAGACCGAACGCUAUGUUCUGUACAUGGUGAACUUUGAUGGCUACAGCUCCUGUGAUCACACCUCCAAAGGGUUCAAGAGGUGGGAGUGUAAUCGGCCACAUUCCCCGAAUGGACCGUUGAAGUUCUCGGAAAAGUUCCAGCUCUUCACGCCCUUCUCACUAGGAUUUGAGUUCAGGCCAGGCCGGGAAUAUUUCUACAUCUCUUCUGCGAUCCCAGAUAAUGGAAGGAGAUCCUGUCUAAAGCUUAAGGUCUUUGUGCGACCAGCAAACAGCUGUAUGAAAACUAUAGGUGUUCAUGAUCGUGUUUUCGAUGUUAACGACAAAGUAGAAAAUUCAUUAGAACCAGCAGAUGAUACCGUACAUGAGUCAGCCGAGCCAUCCCGUGGUGAGAACGCGGCACAGACACCAAGGAUACCCAGCCGGCUUUUGGCAACUCUAUUGUUCCUCCUGGCAAUGCUUUUGAUAUUAUAG